AGUAUUUGAAGUAUUGCUUUGAGGGAUAACAGUCCACAAAAAAUGUAUCGCUUUCGGUUGGGUUUCUUUCAUGUUCUUCUCAAUGCCUCAUAAGUUCUCAUUGCUUUUGCAUAUGCCAUUUUCCAGCUACAGAGGUUAUGGUAGAGCUUGCCAAAACUAUGCCUUAAACUGAUGGAUUUGAUAAUAAACUUUCAAAGUGAAUUGUUCCCAUAAGCUUAAAGAAUUUGCAGGCAGUUUCUUGCAGUCCUUCUCUAAGUAAAACUGCCUCUGAGCCUUUGGCCUCAGGGGACCAGAUUGAUUGCAAAGGUUUAAAUAGCUUGGAACUCUUUUUUUUUUUUUUUUUUCCCCUCCAGGAACACAAAGUGUUUGUUUUAACAUGUCUUAUUUUAAAAGCCCUGUUAAAAUGGCCAGUUUCUGGCAGUUGGGAUAAAACCUUCCUUUAAAACUACAAGCGGCGUCACCAGGAAGCAGUACAGAACUGGCAGGCCUAUGUCUUGUCUUGCUUGGGAUGUAAGUGCUGUGAGACAGCAGAGAAACCUCAGCUUGUAGAUCAGCUGGUAAGUGAAGCAAGAACUGACUUAUCUUUUGCUUUUCAAGUAUAAACAAGAUAUUUAUUUAACAGUUGGUGAUCUCAUGUCAGGUAUGUUUCAGCUUGUCUUUUUAGAUUUAUGUUUGACUUCCUUUUCCUGAUAUCUGCUGAUUUCUCUUGCAAAGUUAAUAGCCUUUUUUUCUCAGUCUUUGUGAAAGAUUAAGUGUUCUGUAGUAAGAGGCGAGAGGUUUCAUUGCUGUUUGUUUUUUUUUUCCAACAGUAAUUCAGGCUCAGCGUUAUCCUGAUUUCAGCAUCUGUUACUGAAUUUCAGCACAGCGUGCAGUGGAACUUCUCUGUUGGAAAAAUGAACUCUGUUUGCUUUAGAAUGAACCCAUUCUUUCCUUUUGCGUUAUUUGGACCUAUUUAGUAAUGGGAAAAUACGGUUCUCAUGUAAUGAAUUUGGCUUCAUUUAACAAAUCCGUAAAUGGCACUUGAAAGUUUUGCUCUCGCAGGUUAUAAUCACGUGAGAGAUUGGGAGCAGGGGAAGCUCUGUGACAGCUUCCUUGCUUACUAACUCGGUAUCUCGGGACACUUGUCACACACACACUUGUAUGGUCGUGUUAUCUUUGCUAUUAAAACAACGCACAACAUAGUGAAAGUAAAUUAAAGCAUCACAAAUACAUUGAGUGUAAUCAAAACACUGCAAUCCUGUUCUUUGUUCUAACUCUCUGAUAGUUUUGCCUUGUUUUCCUUUCCAUGAUGUAGCUGUUAAGUACGCAGUCCCCCUGCCAUCCCUGUCCUGCAAUAGGGAUGGAGGUGUGUAAGUCAAUUCUUAGUGGUACAAUGAGCAGUAUUUUGCCUUGGAGAAUAACUGAACUAUCUGUUCUGUCAGGGUGGCGCUGGAUGUGUUGCAUCGCAGGAGAAAAGACGCAGUGCAAAAGCAUGGUGUAGUCAGGAGCUUUCAGCAGAAACUUGGCAGAGAUUCAUCUCAAGAAGCCAUAGCCCCCUUGGCUGGGUGGUCCAAGCCUGAACCCCCUGAGUGUUCCCAUGCUGCUGCACUUUAGGGCUUUUUUGUGGAGAUGCUGAGAGCCUGGCUGCGAGGGGGAGAAAAGGCACUCAGCGUGUGAGGCUAUCAGCAAGACUUCUGAUUAUGAGGUUAGUUUUCUGAUUAUCUGGCUUCAGAUAAGGUACUGGCUGCAUCGAAGAGGUGGGUGAUAAAGUGUCUAGGAUUUCUUGACAUGUAAGAGCGUGUGUUUUGGGAGCAAGAGCAGGGGCAAUCUGCAAGCUCCUCAUAACCUGGGAGUCCAGCAAGAGAUGUCUCGGAGAUCUGCUCAUAGCAUGUGCUGCCAUGGUGCAAGGAAAACUCUGCAGGGAGAUGCUGGGUGGAAGCUGCAGAGCUACAGGCUGAUUUGGGGUUGCCUAAAAGCUCCAGGGAACUUCUGCAAAUGGACUGGUUUUAGUGACAAAGGAAAUACUUAAUCUCACAGAUUCUUAUCAAGCAGGGCUAUUUCACUGCAUAUCCUUUAUACCUGUUAGUUGUCUACUGCAGUUAGCCAGGACAGAAGAGAACUUCUCUUAGAGUUUAAUCUCCUUAUAUAUUAACUUGGUAUGCCUUAAUUAAAAUACUCCCUGUGAUCAAAGUGAAUGAGUUGGAAUAAAAAAGUCAGGAUUGACAUUGAUAGCAUGAUUUAAACCAUGCAGAGUAAUCAAACCUUACUGCAAAAUUAAUAGGGCAGUAGCAGAAAUAAACACAAGAAAGUUCAUUGUCCGGGAAACCAGAUAUGUCUGAAUGAGAGAGGUGUAGUGCAGCACUCCCAGAGGAGUAGCUGAAAAGGUCUUCAGUGUGUGCAAGGAAAGGACAGAGACUGGCUUCCUAAAGCCCAGUGUUUCAGUGUGUUGUCAUCCAUCAGUUUGAGUCGCUCCUGUUACAAGGCUGCAGUUAUGUAUUUGCAUUAGGCUGAGGUAUUGCUGGAGGCUGUUAACAGGUGUUCUCGUAAAAGGGUACCUUGCAAGAUAGCUGAGAUUAAACAGUCUGAAAAAGGUGUUUCUAAUUAUCAAAUGUUCAAAUCUGUAAUUUGAUCCAUGGCAAAGUACAACAACAAGGGGAGGGGAGGGGGGGAAAGCACAGAUCCAAAUUCAGCAACAAAAAGAAAUGGGGAAAGGAAGCACGGUGCAGUUAAACCCUUGAAAUGAAGGACGGGAGUGCUCCUCCCCCUGCCCGGGGCACCCAGCACUGAUGCUGAAGGCCAGGCCCAGUGCAGGGCAGGGCAGAGCUGCAGUGGUGGUGCAGGCAACUCCAUGAGCUAAGGAAGGCUUAAGGACUGGUUGGAGUUUCUUUUUUCAGUAUCUCUAUUUCUUUUCUAAUUUAUCUUAGUUUAAAAGUUCAGUUUUUUGUUUGUGUGUUAUUGCUAAAUGGCACUUAAGUCAUAUUUUGUUGGAAUGUGGCUUAGUUAGUAAAGUGCUGCUAGGAAGGAAAAAGAGCCCCCCCCAUUUACUGAAAAGGGGGGAAAACAAUCCCUGGCUGCACACGUGCUCCUGGUGGACUUGUAUUUGCAUAAAGUGCGUCUCUAGCCUGGAAAAAGAUCUAAAACCACAUGCAGGUCAUUCUGAUCUCAGUCUGCACUCGGUAGCUUAGACUGGCUCUGGCUUGCAGCAAUGGAAGUUUGGGGCGAAUGCUGCCUUUUGACUGCUCUUUUUAUUUUCUUUUUCAAUCCAAAUACCUUCUGAAUCUAAUAAACACUAGAAGAAAUGCUCAGACUUCUGAAGAUAUGUUUCUUAUUGAUAUUAAUGAAUCCUGCUGAGGUUGCUCACAGUCAGGACUCUGAAGAUUUGCCUCCGUUAUUACGCAAAGCCGUGGAGGAAGUAAUGACUGGGAAAUACCUAAAUGCUCUCCUCGAUAUACUUCAUUUUCAGAGUUCUAAUGCAUGGACAGCAGAUAUGGUUACAAAAGUCAUGGCGUAUUUCCAUGCCCGAGAGGUUAAUUUUACUCUUCACAGUCUACAGACGUCCAUACAGAGUUAUUUGAAGAACCUUUUAUACCAGCCCAGGCAGCUGCUGUCUGCAUUUCAACAACUUGAUCAACAGCAGUUCCAGACUGCAGUGAAGUAUCUCUUCAACAGCAGAAAGGAAUAUCUCGAAAUGGGAAAUGUUGUUCUUGAUUGGGAAAAGACUCGGGAGAGAAUUUUCCAAGUUCCAGGAGUGAACAGAACCUUGUUUCUUAUUACACUGGAGAAAUGCUUUCUGGCUCUGAGGGCAAUGGACUGUGUAGAUAUCCUAAGCCAGAUUUUGCGAACGUCAGCAGUGAAUUAUCUCCAACCUGAUAUUGUUGGGAGUCUCCCAAAUGAUCUGCAGGAGGAUGCUUUCAGAAACUUAUCAGCAGUAUUUAAGGACCUCUAUGACAAAACCUCAGCAAAUACACAGAAAGCUCUGUAUGGCUGGAUGAAGGAGAUCCUACAAAAGCCCUAUAACAGAAGUGAUUUCAACGAAUCAGCUUCAUGGGUCAGUGCAGAAAACUUAUGGAUUUUAGGAAGAUACGUGGUCCAUCUGCCCUUGGAAGAGAUUCUGAAAAUCAGUCUCAGUGAAAUAAGACUAUUCAUUAGCUACGACAAUGCAACAAAGCAGUUGGACACGGUGUAUGAUAUCACACCAGAGCUUGCACAAGCCUUUCUGGAGAGAAUAAACUCAUCGGGAUUUGACGUGAGAAACACUUCAACUGUCUACAGGUUAGGUUUGUUGGUUUGCUUUUAUGAUGACAUGGAACAGAUGGAUGCCGCUGUGGCCCGGGCUUUACUUCAUCAAAUGAUUAAAUGCAAUCAAUUAAAAGGUUUCCAGGCCAAGGUUCAGAAGCUUAAAUCUCAGCUCCUGAAUAUUGCUGUGCAGAACCAGACUUUGAAUGAUACCCUUGGAUCGCUGUCAGAUGCUGUGGUUGGGCUGACUUCAGGCCAACUGGAAUCUUUAUCACCUGAAGCAGUGCAUAACGCUAUUGCAACACUGAACCAAGUCUCUGGAUGGGCAAAAAGCCAAGUUAUGAUUUUAUCCAGUAAAUACCUCUCUUACAAAAAGGUUUUAUCAUUUUAUAAUGUUAGCCAAAUGGGUGCACUGGUGACUGGUAUUAGCACUGAGUCAUUCUACAGAAUGAACCCGAAAGAGCUUUCUCAGGUCAUUCGAGGCACAACAUCCCAGUACUCAUCGGACUUAUCUCCUGCACAGCAGCAGGGGAUCCUCAGGAAGAUAGCUUCAUCCACAGAUUUUUCUUCACUGGUCACAGAUAUACAAGGAGCUUUCUUUAGAGAAAUAUCUCUUUCUGAUUUAUGGAAGGAGAACGGAUAUAAUUCUUCAAUGAUGAAAGAAAAAGAGCUAAGAAGCAGCCAGGCCUUGUAUCUCUAUGAGUUACUAUCUAAGAAAAGUUCCUCCGUUGACCUCCUAAGUACAGGACAGCUUCUGAAAGGAGUGACUUGUGAGCUGAUUGAAAGUAUGGGCACAGACUCUUUUUUAAAUCAUUUCAAAGUCUUCGAAAAUAAUCUUCAUCUGCUUUCUCCAUAUCAGAUUAAUUGUUUGGCUUGGAAGUUUUGGGAAGUCUCCAAUGCAUCCAUUCCUCCCUUCUUCUUCUUGGUGCUUCCGAUUGAGUACCUGGAGCACAUUUCAGGCCCUCUGUGUGUCCCUUUCAUUGAAAGCCUUGGGAAGACUGAGAUGGACCUCUUGAGUCCAAGCUUUCACAAAAAAGAAACUGUGCUGCAGAAAGUGCAGGAAUGCUUGAAUGGCUCCAUUGCUGAUGAAUAUGAUGUUGACCUACUUGGAAAUCUAAUCUGCCACUUACCUCCAGCUUUUCUACAUGGCAGAAUGUCUCUGAAGGCAAUGGAAACAGCCCUUCAUCAAUUCAAACUCUGCCGACAGCUCAGCCACGAGCAGAAAGCUGAAAUUAAAUACAAACUCCUUGAGUUAUAUGGCUCUCCAAAGAACUGGACAGCUGAAACAACAUUAGAUGUUGGACCAUUCAUAUCUCAGCUGUCAAAAGGAGAACUGAAUGUCCUUGCUGAAAAGUUUCCAGAUAUCGUUUUGCGAAUAGCAAAGACAGUCGGACCACUUUCUUCAGCCGAAGAGCUUCUAUCAACUGUAUUUGAAUCUGUCUUCAAUGCCACUGCCAGCACAGAACCAGAUCUCACCACACCAGGUUGCCUGGGAACCAGAGCCCCUUCUUCAGAUGAAAUUAUUAAGUUAGCAGAAGCCAAUGUCUACUGGUCAGCUCAGGAACUGAAAUGCAUGGAUGCAGGGACUUUCGACAAAAAUGUAGAACUUCUUGGGACUGUCUCCAGUUUUAACAACUCUCAACUUACGGCCUUGAAGGAAAAAGCCAAGCAGGUUUGGGGAUCGCUGCUAGGCUGGAAGAGCUACCAUAUUGUUUCUCUGGGGCACAUUGCACUGGCACUCACUGAAAAUGAAAUUGAAGAGCUAGAUUUACAUUCAAUUGACACCAUUUCUGUCCUCAGUCAACAAGCAGAAUGGACUGUUGCCCAGGCAAGAUCUAUUUUGCAAAGUUUUCUAGAAGAUUCUGGGCAAACAAUGAGCACACUAAAAAGCUUUGAUUUAGUUGGAUUGGGAGCUAUUCUCUGUGCUCUGAACUCCACGGAAAUCAUGUCCAUAAGGACUGCUGAAUUCAGUGCCGCUGUUGCAAGAAUUGGCCUCUUGCUGUGUAGCACCCCUGUACUGAGGCAAUUUAAGAAGAUAACAGAGUCUGUGUUUGGAACUGCGACCAGCUGGAAUGGCUCUGUGUUACAGGAAAUUGGUACUAUAGCAGGUGGUUUGAAUGAGGAUGAACUUAAAGCUUUUGAUAAAAACCUGAUGCCAUAUUUCCAGCCAAUAGCAAUAAGAAGUAUACCUGCUGAGAUUUUCCAAGCAUUGUCACCAGAACAAAUAGCAAACCUGGGCCCUGAAAAUGCUGCUAUGGUUACAGGAUCACAGCGUGAGCGUCUGAGUGCAUCACAGCUCCAGAGCCUUCAGCUGGCACUGGAUGGAGCCAGGACCAGAACCCCAGAGGCACCCACCACAGCUUGUAUACCGCUGUCGAGGCGACCCCCAGCUCCUGGUGGUGCUCCCUGUCUGAGCGACUUUGGCAUCUGGUUGUGUGCUUUGUUUGCACUUGCAAGUGCCUUUCUGAAUCCAUGAUUGUUAAGCUUAUGUGUUCUGGAGAUGAUGAAAAGGAGGUGCCGAAGAUCUGCAGCUUAGCACAAGUAGCAGAAUGAAGAGGUGCUCAGAUGCCUGAGUGCAACCUGGUUUUUCUUUAAAGCAGCAGCUUCACCUGGCAUCAUGUUGUGAAGUAUCUGCUUUCCUUUCCUUUACCAUUAACAAGUAAGAUGGGAUCCCUCCAAAUACUUCAGAAUAAAUUUCAAAAUUGCAAAUGCCUUAUGUGUAUCAUGAGAAGGUCACCGACAGAUAAGCUUAUAUGUUAGAGAGGAGCCUGAAUGACACAGAGGACAGGGAUGUAUUUUAUCCCAGCCCUUUUUAUUCUGGUUUAUUUGGUCAUGCUAUUUUAAUCCAUCUGUUGCAUUUUCUUAUUAUAGUUUAUAGCCUGAGGGCAGAGGCUCUUUCUAUGUGACAUAUUAGAAGCCACACUAAAAGUUACUGCUGUUGCAAUAAAAUAAUUUCAUCUCUGGGACAGUAGUUUAAAUCCUGCUCAGCUAAGAAGUAGCUGUGUGAUAUUAUUUAAGCAUUUUUAAUAAAUAUAUUCCCAAUGGCUGCUUGUAUACAACACGGAAUUGUUACCACAGAGGACAGUGCAAUACUGUUAGUAUUUGAUGUGACAAAAUGCACCAUGGAAAGCUUCUUAUUUUCAUCACAAGAUGACCCUCCACUUUGGUCAGAGUCGAAGGAUACAGCUGGAAACUGUAGGAGAAAUCUGUUCACUGGGACUGUCAAUCCGGCACUUUCCACAAGGUCUAUAAUAAUUUAACAUAACUAUAAACCACAUAUAGUUUGUGUGUCUAAUGCUUUUCAUGUCAGAUCUAAGUAUUUUAAACUAUGGAAAAACAGAUACAUUAAAAAUUCUCUGCAUGUAAAUAUACA